CCGCUCGGCCAGGGGGGCUCGGGCGGCCCGGGCCGGCCGCCCUGCCCGGGGACAGCGGGCCGGCGGCGAUGCCGCUGGCGGCGCGAAGGGGAUGUUUACCGGGGCGCGGUUGCGGAAGGGAGCGGGCUGGGCCGGCUCCGCGGUGCCUCUGGAGCGCAGUGCAGGCGUGAGACCUGGGACUGCUUCAGUUCCUUCAUCAUGCAGCACACGUCACAGCCCAACAUGGUGGGGAAUCGCUAGUCUGGGGCUGAUUCUUCGGUUUUGACUGAGUCCUUGGGCUGAAGACUCAUGGACAUUGCUGAGACUGAUGCUGGAACCUUUGAGAGAAGAGCCUUUCUGAUGGUCCUGCUCUGCUCCACCUGACCCUAUGAAAGGAGGGUUCACCAUAGCUGUGUCCUUUGUGCUCCAGUUCCACAAGAUGGGCUCGUUCAGAAGGCCUCGACCUCGCUUCAUGAGCUCCCCUGUCCUCAGUGAUCUGCCUCGGUUCCAGGCAGCCCGGCAGGCCAUGCAGCUCAGCUCCAACUCUGCCUGGAACAGCGUACAAACAGCAGUGAUAAAUGUGUUCAAAGGGGGAGGCUUGCAGAACAAUGAACUCUACACCCUCAAUGAAAAUAUCAGACGGCUGCUGAAGAGUGAACUUGGAUCCUUCAUCACAGAUUACUUUCAGAACCAGCUCCUUGCAAAAGGCUUGCUGUUUUUGGAGGAGAAGAUCAAGCUGUGUGAAGGUGAGGAUCGCAUUGAUGUCCUGUCUGAAAUCUGGGAUCACUAUUUUACAGAGACUCUUCCUACACUCCAGGCAAUAUUCUACCCAGUCCAGGGUCAGGAGUUGACUAUCCGUCAGAUUGCUCUUCUUGGCUUCAGAGACUUGGUCUUGCUGAAAGUAAAGUUGGAGGAUAUCCUUCCCCUGGUCCAGACAAAGGUUCCAGCUUCCAUUGUCCAGAUGCUGUUAAUUCUGCAGAGCGUCCAUGAGCCUACUGGCCCCACUGAGGGCUACCUACAGCUAGAAGAACUGGUCAAGCAGGUGGUAUCACCAUUCUUAGGUUUGUGUGAGGAUCACAGCUCCUCUGGUAGCACCUACUUGCUUGAGAGACGGUACUCCAGAUCCUGCCCUAAGGCCCUGACCCCGCUGACAGAGCAGGAGGGCGAGGCUUACCUGGAGAAGUGUGGAAGCAUCCGUCGCCACACAGUUGCCAAUGCUCACUCGGAUAUCCAGCUCCUGGCCAUGGCCUCCAUGAUGCACAUGGGAAUGGUCGUGGAGGAGUCGGACCCUGCUGACAAAUGCCUCCUGCUGCAGCCCAGCUGCUUCGGCCACAGGCAGUGCUCCAGCGAGCCCAGCAUCGCCGAUGGCCCCGAGGGAGCCAUGGCAGCAGCCAGCAGGCAGGACCCUACUGAGCUGAACUGCACCUCUGUCAGCUAGAAGGAGGCUGGCUGAGGAGUGGAGAACUCUAUGCACCAAGCUGGACAAAGUGGUGUGUCAUCCCUGCUGGGAAAAAAAGAGAAAAAUAAGAAUUUUGCUCAUGUCAUUGAAAUGGGCUCAAGGGUUCAUAUGGCUGAGAAUGUUAUCUAGAUAAGUUCUUUUACCAGUCUGCGAUCAUUGUUGAUGGAGGUACCAGGCUGCUCCCUAAUGACCACUGAGGGCUGCAAAGGUUUUGCUGUUGAACAGCACAGUCUGCCUUCUGUAAGCUUUCUCUCUCUAUUAGUGUAAACUUUUUGGCAUCAGGUUUUUUCUUUGGUAUGAUACCAAUUCAGUUCUUUUCACUUUUCUCCAUCUUUCCCAGUUGUGCUUCUUUUUUGUUCUUUGUCCCUGCAAUGGAGGCCUCUGUGCUCAGUGUUCUCUUUGCUUCUGGUGCUAGCAUGGUGAAUGCUGAGCACUUCAUUUCUCUUUUAAAGUUUAACUCAAGGAUGAAGCCAUUUGCAUCCUGCAGAAAGAUCUGCCGAGCUUGUGAGAGGAGGAGAUCCUUCAUUUUGCUUCCCAUGGGCAUGGAUGAAAAGUCCAAAUCAGAAUUAAUCAGACUGUUUUCCCAGGCCCAAAGAGAACUGAGUAUAUGUGGAGUCUGAGCUGAGUACUUCAUAUGUACUUUAUUUGGUUCCAGUCAUAUCUUGGGAGUUCUGGUAUAAAUUGGGUGCAAAGGAUGGCUAGGGGUGUGUAAAUUUGGUGCAAAAUAAACGGAGCAUCCUGGCAUUUGGCAUCAAUUUGCUCUCAAAAUGUCAGUGUUGAUAGGGCUAUGAUGAAAGAGAAAAUCAAAUGCGUAGGAGAUGCUGCACUUGUGUGGGAGAUGUAAAGGUGCUUCUCAGCACUGGGCCCCCAUGACUCCAGAUCAGCAGGUGAUCAGUAUUUCAUCCUGGGCCUACCCUGGUACUUUUAGCACUUGUGGAUUUCGUGAGGCCGAGGAUAAUCAGCAGGGUGUGGAAAGGAGUCCUGUCUCAGUGUAUUCAUGAAGUGCUCCUGACCUCCAGUGGUACCUGACUCAGUGCAGUAUAGCUUCUAAGAUAAAGUGAGGGCUCUUUGCCAUCUUUGGUUUUGUUUUUAUGGUGAAGAUUAGGAGUGGGUCUGGUUUGCAGGUGUCUGUGUCAGGCACUGCAGUCUGCAGUGUCUGCUUUGUAGCAUCACUUGGUACUCCAAUGGUGCUUCUGUGGGGAAGAUCUGAUCUGUUUGAGCUGUCCAUGGGAUACUCUGCUGAUAUCUUGCUAAGCAGAUUUGCAAGUGUUAUUACAGCCUUAGAGGUAAACUGCAGUGCUGCCUUAAAUGUCAAAUCCCAUUAAAAAUAUGGACAUGACACAACUACCACUUGAAUCUACUCCUAAUGGUACUUGGUAAAUAAGUGUGUCUUGACAAGGAAACAGAAGGUUAGGAUGAGCCUUUGGGAUGUUUUUUUUGCAUUCUGUGACAUUAACUGUAGAAUUUUCCCUGCUUCUAUUGGGCAUUAAACAUCUUCUGCUCCACUGGCUGCACUGGAGUACAGCUUUGACCUGUCAGGAUUUGGCACAUGCAGCAAAAGGAGAGGUGGUUAUUAUUUGGCAACAAAGCAUCAGAAAUACCAGCUAUGAGCACAAGCCAUGUUGCCUUGAUAAAUGAGGGUGUUGAUUUGUCUGCUGUGGUUUGCAGUGUUGAGAGAGAUACUUGGAAGAGCCUCUUUUUCCCUUCUGUCACCAGAGCUCUUGGAAGAGCCUCUUUUUCCCUUGUGUCACCAGAGCUCUUGGCAUUUGGGGAAAGGCUGACUGUUUGGAUCCCCAGCUGUGCUUUCCAUGUCAGGAAAAGAGGUUCAGUUGUGCUGGCUGCCUCCUCCUCCUCAGAGCACCCACAGUCCAACAGAGGCCAGGAAGAUUUGCCUUUAAGCAGCAUUCCCUUCAGAUGGAUUAUAGGAUAAAUUGCUCUCCUGUUAUAAAUUGGACUGACCAGGCCAACUUACUGUCAUCUGCCUCAGGGGCAGCCAUGGAUUGUGGUGGAGCUUCAGAAUCUCUGUGGUGGCAGCCAUGCCUGCUGGUCUCCCCUUGGGACAGUCCCUCCAGCGUGAAGCAGAUGAUGGUGUCCUGCUCACAUUUAAUUUCUUUGGCCUCUUGCUGUGACUAAAGUCUUCUCUUAGUUGCACUGAGGUGUGGGGGGAGGUGGUCACCCUGCAGCAUUUCAGUUCACUCUGAAUAAAUGAAUGCUUUUCUUCUUUCUGUUUCUCCUGUAACCCAUUUGUCUUCUGUAAAUACCCAAACCAUUUAGAUGAGAGAGCAGCACCCUCUUUUAUGGUGAAAACUAGAACAAUGUAUUUAUUUCCUGACAUAUUCUUGGAUCAUCUCUAGGGCUAAUAGAAAUUAGUCCUGGUUUUAACUUGAAUUUCUUUUGUUUUACACAAAUGUAUGAUUUUAAUUAUUUUGGUUUUGUAUCUGUUACUUUGCAAAAAUUUGCACCAAGCCCUCUGAAUCAUGCACUUCCCCUGUUGUUUUGUUUUUAUGGACAAUUAAAGCUGGUGGCUUUACUUUGUAAA